UAAAAAUGGAGAGAGGCGAUCAUUUCAGUAGUCAAAGAGUUACUACAAGUAAGUUUGGAAGGACCAGGAGAAAUCCCAACUCAAAGUUCGUUGACUGAAGUAAAGAAAAACAGCGCUAUUCUAGCACAAAAGAAAAAUUUGUUGAUAAAAGAUCGAAUGUUGGGAAACAAAUAGAUAACCGGUAUGACCCAGUGCUUCCAGAGAUGACUCCGAAUAGAGGUGAAGCUCUCGAAAAUACAGUAACCAAACUUCUUGGAUACCCGUCAGGUGCUGGUAAUAUAAAUCCAACUGACUCUGUAAACCAAACCUCAGGUAGCAAACGAAGUCAGCAUAUAAAUGCUUCAUCUCCUAGUUGGGAUCAGGCUGAUUCUGGAAGAUCAGAAGCCAGCCAAGCAAAUCCCUUAAGAGCAUCAGAUAGAAUCAGUGAGCACAGCCACGAAGGAAGUGAUAGCUCCAUUAGUAGGAGACAUCAAAACCAUUUGUCACCAGAGCGAGGGCUCAACAUGAUGAGUGGCGAGAAACCUGAUAGAGAUGAUAUCAGAGAGAUUUACAACAAAGCCCGCAAGAGUAAACACAACGAUAUCAAAACCAGACAAGAUGGAGCUCCAGUACUGAGACCUCAUCCACUAGACAUAGCCUUGUAUUAUCGGUAUCUUGUAGAGAACUCGAACGAGUUGUUUAAAAAUUCUAACUUCACUACUCUCAGACCCACUAAAAGAGUAAACCCAGAAGUUGUUCACUUUGAAAAUUGUGAAGCCUACACAGAUUUGUUAAGAAAACUCAAACCUUCGUCUGCUUUCAGACCUAUGAAGAAGGCUAAGAAGAUUAAGUACUAUCGAGGCCAAGAAAAGAUUGACAGAUUACGUAAAGGACUACCAACAAUUGAGAAAGGAGAACCCAAUAUAACCAUGAUGAUGCCCAAUCUUUUUGAAAAAGAAGUCUUAGGCCGGAAAGAAAGACUAAUAUUGGGAGCAAUCAACGAUGCUUCUAAAAUUCAAUAUGAUACUAAAGAGGAAUUCCAAGCGAUAGCUGAUAAACUUAAACACCUCUUUGAUCACGAAGUGAAAGAAAAAGCUGAAUCACAAGCUAGCAUUUUAAAUUCCAUAAAAACCGAGAUCAAAGAUUUAAGACAAGAACUCAAAGAAUUCCAAGCUCAAAAACUCGAAGAAAAAGAAGUAUUAUCAAAAAUGAGCAAUAUUGCCAUCUCUCAGUCAAAGCCAACUUCUGAAGACCCCCCAAAGCCAAAGGAAGAGACCAAAACCAAUCCACCUAAAUUAGAGCAGAAGCCAAAGCCUAAAGUGGUAGACCCUUUCUCCCAAGAGCCUACCAAAAAUCAAGAAAAGGAAGUCAAAGAAGAAGCUAAAAAUCAGACCAAGACUAAGGAAGAUAAAGUCAAAAGUCUGCUCCCAAUAGUAAAAGAAAAGGAAAAUGAAGAAGGUCCUCCUUCAGUUAAUAAGCUCGAGAAUAAUGAUGAUGACUCCAUUAAAGAAUCUUAUAAAGAAUCCGAAGAUGAGAACCAAAGAGACCAAUAUGGAGAACCAAUUGUUAAACCUUCUGCUGAAGAAGAAAAGAAAGUUAAAACUACAAACAUUUUUGCUAAACCAACAGAAGUGAAGAAAGAAAUGCAAAGUUCUCCCAAUUUUGCUGCUAAAGAUGAGUCUAAGAGUUCUGGUAAUAAAAAGCCGAACCCAUUUCUGGCUAAUUCAGAUGCCAAAGUAAUCAAUAAAUUCAGUAAUUUCAAAGGAGAUGCAACUCAGAAAGUGUUUCCAAGCAAGUCAAACACAAACGAUAGAGUGUUUCCAUUCUCCAACAAAAAUAGAGAGCAGUCGUCUUCUGUAAUGGGAUCUAACUCCAAUCCUUUUACAGGUGGGAGAUCUGGCCCAAAUCCUUUUGAUAGAGGAGGCCAAAACAAGCCCAGUGUAUUCCCGUCAAGACAACAAGACGACUCUAUGGAAGAGGACGACUCAGGAAAUAGAUAUGACAGAAAUAGAAGCAGCCACUCAAACUUCGGAAGAGCAAACCCUUUUGGUAGAGGAACCUCAAUGAACUCUUCAAGAGAUAGAAGCAGUUCUUCCUUUGAAGCUCCUUCAAGAAGUGGCAUAGGAUUUAAUGCCUCUAGAACCAGGAAUGAAAGCAGCUGGAACAGGAAUGCAUUCGAUAGGUCAAGCAGUAGAGAUUCUGGCUUUCGGCUAGGUAGGAAUGAUUCAUCAGAAAGGAAUGGCACAUCAAACAGAGUUGCUGCAGGUGGAUUAUUUGCUGAAGUUAAAAGAAAUCCCAGAUAA